AUGUCGCCGACGAUUCUCACUCUUUCUCCUUGCCCUCUCUCUAGUUCUGUCGCCGGCGCCUUUGACGAUGAUCUCGACGGCGGGAGAUGUCUCGUCGUUGUGACUACUCCCUUACCCUCUCUAGUUCCGGACGUUGGUGCGGAGCUGGCGGAUUUCCGGCAAACUAAGGAGGCAGACAAAGAAACCAGUGAUGGCGGUCGUCUCGGCUCGCCUGUGACUUCUGUUUCUGCCGGCGGGUCGAUGCUUCAUCGGAAAAAGUUCGUCGGCUGGAAAUUGGAGCCAAGUCCAUCUAUCACGCUCGGCGGGCAAUACCUUGUGUUCACUUCCGUGGCGGAGCUGGAAUCUGCCUCCAUUAUUGAAGCUCUCAGACCUAAACUCAAAACCCCUAUCUAUUCCAUCGGCACUGCAAUACCUUAUUACUUCCCUAUCCAAGGCGAUGGCGAUGAAAUUAGCUGCCCAGAUUACCUCACCUGGCUUGAUGCUCAACCCGCGAAUUCUGUGUUGUAUAUUUCUCAGGGAAGCUUUCUCUCACUUUCGGCUGGGCAGUUGGAAGAGAUCGUCGCCGGCGUCUGUGAAAGUGGAGUUUGUUUCUUCUGGGUGGCACGUGAAAACACGGAGCGGCUGAGGGAGAGAGGCGGUGGUGGCGAGCAAGGGUUAAUAGUGCCGUGGUGUGAUCAGCUGAGGGUGUUGCGCCACCGUUCUGUUGGCGGCUUUUGGUCGCAUUGUGGGUGGAACUCUACCAAAGAAGGGGCGUUCGCCGGUGUUCCUUUUCUUGCUUUUCCGAUAGCUCUUGAUCAGUUCACAAACUGCAAGCAGAUUGUGGAGGAUUGGAAGAUUGGGUGGAAGGUGAAGAAGGGGUGUGAUAAUGAUGGUAUAGUGAGAAGAAGAGAAAUUGCACAACUUCUGAGGAGAUUUAUGGGGUCUGAGUGUAAUGAAAGUAAAGAAGCAAUUCCGGUCGGGCAGGCAGUGCACCAGCAGAUCCGACGGACCACCGUACCCAGUGCAAAUCAGCUCAGCGGUAUAUUUCGUGAUAGAUGGACAUGGCUCAAUUUUCCGGCCGACAAACGUUUUUCGGUGAAACUUAAUCAGGGAGGAUGA